UCUACCCAUAUCGUUACUAUCAUGCAUCGUAACAAGUCAAGUAGCACUUGGAUGGUGCAGAAAUUAAUCGAGCGUGAUCACAUGAAUCAUCAUUAUCGACGGCUUCAUGUAGCUCAGUCCCACUUGCAUCUGAGUAAUUACCGGAAUUCGACCGUUUCCAAAAAUCGACUCUCUAAAUCUACCAACGAUGUACGUUUCGAAGAUUCUUUGCGGGACGUCGAGAAACGAAUGGCUAGUGAUUUUUGUUUGAAUGUCUCACCUCCCGCCUCGGAAAAGAAAAAGGAAAUCUCCGAUAAGACGCUCGACGUUAUGACUCGACACUCAAAAUACUUUACACAACCGAAACAUUUUACACCACGACUUGUACGCAAAAUCGUUAGACCUAACACUUCACCAACCACUCGCCCACUUUCUGCUGUACGCCCGAUGAAAUUGGAGGCCACCGAAAAUGUCCCAGUUAAAAUGGUGAGCAGUGCACGAAAAACUAAGAAGGUAAUUAUCCCGGAGAAUUCACAACGCAACGUCUCCGACGACUCUGCUUUUGGAGAUGAACAAUCCAUAGAAUCUUCAAUAAGCUCAUCUAGCAGUGAAAGUUCAGAGGAAAUGGAUGUUUUCAACAUCAAAGAAUGGCUAAGAGAACAGGAAGAAGAGAACUGCUACAUGCAGCUGAUGUGUGACAUCACGGCAGACCUUCUUCAGAGGAGUCUCUGCACUAAUGGAAACAUGAAGGAGAUCAUAGCGAUCUAUAUAAGAAAAUCAAGAAAGAAAUUUUCAGUAGGCAGGGAGAUUUUGAUGAAAAGACUUUGUGAGGAUUUAAUGAUACCUAAUGAUAACGGCUUCGACGGACAAUUCUAUGGAUCCAAAUGUACAGUGGGGUCUACUACCUAUUCAUAUCAAACCCGUCGAGAUAAACAAGAAGAUAUUAGGAUAUUUUACAACGAAAUCAAAACUACGGACAACUUACCCGAAGUUGCAAUUAAUCAAAAUGAGGUUGUACCUGACAAAAACCAUCGUUACGAAAACGUGGCAGUAAAACGCCCGUCCAUCCUUAAAUCUCAAACAUCGAAAUUGGAAAGUCCGGAACUUGACUGGUUUGAAGAUAAGCCAUGUGCUCCCCUAAAGAACGAAGAAAACGCGUUAAAAAAUUUGGCAAAUUCACAGCAAGCAGCACAAACGAUAAAUAAUACUUGCCAGAAGUCGGACAUUCCGGAUCUUGAUGGAUACUUUUCGGAUUUCACCAACGACACGGAUAACGACAUUGAAGAAGAAUUUGAUUUCGAUUAA